AUAAGGUAGGGCAGGAGAUGAUCCCAGCUGGGGUGAAGGUCCGCAGGAAGUAUGUGUUUCCUUCUGCCUCGGUGCUGGGUAAGAGAGGGGAAUGAAAUGAAGAGAAUUUCAGCAAGAUCAAGGGGGCGAGUAAGGACAAUGAGGUGGAUCAGAACAAAAAGAAGAAAUAGACAGAGGCAGACGCUGAAGCAAGCAGCAAGGGCAAGGAGGAAGACAAGGAAGCAGUCGGAACUGGGGCUCCCGGGGACCUGGUGGGUGCUAAAGAUGGCGCCCACCAGGAGCCAUGACAGUCCUGAGCUGGAACUGUCGGGGGAUUGGCCAACCCCGGACAGUUCAUGAGCUAGUUGGGCUAGUGCAUUCGCUCAAACCCAAACUAGUCUUCCUCUCUGAAACACGGCAAAAGGAUGACUACGUCAAUAAAUUAAGAUGGAGGCUAGGCCUCAAGCACUGUAUCAAGCAUGCCGAUACUGGAAAGAGUGCUGGUAUUGCCCUCUUCUAUGAUGAAAACGUAGAAAUAAAAGAACUUGCCGUUGGCCCGUGGUAUAUUGAUGUGUUGAUCCGUGUGUCUCCUAACAGCCCCCGAUGGAGGGGAACUUUUGUCUAUGGAGAGCCGAAAGCUCAUGAGAGAAUCCACAUGUGGAAUGUACUGAGAAGAUUGAGACCAAAUGCCUCUGAACCGUGGCUUGUGAUCGGGGACUUUAAUGAGACUAUGUGGCAGAGUGAACACUUCUCUAAGGCAAAGAGAUCUGAAACUAACAUGGCAAACUUCAGAAGGGUUCUAUCGGAUUGUAAUCUUCAUGAUAUUGGCUACAAAGGUAUGGCAUGGACGUACGACAACAAACAGAGCGGGUCCAGUAAUGUGAAAGCCCACCUAGACAGGGCAGUGGCCACACCAGAAUGGAGCACGGCCUUCAGGAAUGCAACAGUGGAGCACAUCAUCUCUGCAAGAUCAGACCAUGUCCCUGUUUUACUGCGACUUGGAAAAAGGAAGGAGUGGCGGCCGGUAAAAAGAAGUUUUAGAUAUGAAGCAAUGUGGGAAAGAGUGGAGUUACUCCCUGACACAAUCCGUAAUGCAUGGGAGAGGGGAGGACAAGGCAGAUCGAUGGAAGAUGUCGUAGCAAAGCUGAGAGACAUGCAGAAUACCUUGAGCUCGUGGGCACUGAAAGAUUUUUGCUCACUCCAAAACAAGAUCAGUUCGUGUAGAGGCAGACUAAAGUGGUUGUGGAACCAAACUGUUACACCUGAAAUUGAACGUAAGAUCAAGAUCACAACCGGAGAGCUGGAUGAACUACUA